AUGGGUGCAGGCGGCUCCAAGAAAACAGCCGUAGACGAAUUCGCAAGCCCCGUCACCAAAGCGCCAAAGGAUUCAGAGCCGACGGAAACAGCAAACACGUUGGACAAGGUUGUCACCACGACCAUGGAGGAGGUUGCCACAGACAUGGAUGGCAGUGUGAGGACUACGACGGUCACGAGGACCAUGACGAACCGGGUGACAGUGACUAUAGCUCGAAAGCUCACUGUUGCCGUCGCCACCUCUGCUACGGUAGCAGCACCUGAAAACGCGUCAUCGCCCGCGAAGAACUCGACCAAAGGAGCUGGAGAUGCGACCAAGGCGGCCGAGGAUAUGGGAUCCAACGCCGAGCCUGGGCAAGCUGGUCCCGCCCAAGAUGUGACGGCGGCGCCCUCACCCAGCUUGAAGGUGCCCGUUCCCGUCGGCACAAACCAGCAGUACACCAACUCGACCGUCGCGGAUCAAAACAUGGAGCCGGAAACCGCUGCAGCUGAGACUACCCCCGCGGAGACCACGAGGCUGUUCAUGGGCACUGGUGAUUCCCCGAGCGGGUUCAAGACGAUAUCGACGCCGGCCACCAGGGCGGACGCAGCGGAAGCCACUCAGUGA